AUGUUUUUAGUGUUUUGUUUUUUAAACUUUGGUCAUGAAACCUAUUUCAAGGCAGUGCGCUCAGAGGUCCCGCGGACCUGUCUCUUGCUUCAACAGUGUUUGGGCGGAACAGACCCGGGGGGCCCCUUCCUCCAAGCCUCCGACCACCCUCCAUCUUUUUUUCCAGUGGCAACUUUCAGAACCAGCCCCUCAGUUAUCCUCGGCCUUUGGGACCAGCCAGCACUGUUUUUUGAACUUAACUCCUUAUUACCCAUCAACCAGAUUCCUCAGAAUUAUUCCAUCGAGGUGGAGGCCGCCUUCAACCACCUGGUCACCUUGCAUGGGCCGGCCUCCUACACCCGCCUCUCUCUGGGCUUCUAUUUCCACCACAGUGACAUGGCUCUGGAGGGCUUGGGCCACUUUUUCCGCAAAUUGACUGAGAAGAAGCAGGAGGGCGCCAAGCCUCUCUUGAAAAUGAAAACCCAGCGCAGCGGCUGUGCCCUCUUCCAGGACGGGCAGAACUCAUCUCAGGAUGAGUGGACUAAGACCCAGGACACUAUGGAAGCUGCCAUUCUCACGGAGAAGAAGCUGAACAAGGCCCUUUUAGAUCUGCUUGCUCUGGGUUCUGCCUGUGCAGACCCUCAGCUCUGUGACUUCCUGGAGAGCCACCUCCUAGGUGAGGAGGUGAAACUCAUCAAGAAGAUGGGCAACCACCUGACUAACUUCCGAUGGCUGUCUGGUCCCCAGGCUGGGCUGUGCAAGUGUCUCACCGUCCAAAGGCUCACCGUCAAGCAUGACUAA